AUCAAUUUGAAGUGUUUAAUCAUGGUCUGAAGAGUCUGUAAUGUAUCUUUGGACUCACAAGACACAACGUUACUAGAUAACGUCAGAUCUGACGAUUCAAUAGAAAGAGCACGCCAAAUAGCUAAUCAAGUGAAAAUACUGGAAUAUCUCAGCAUGGGGUUACUGGGCAUUCUGCUCCUGUCAUGUGCGUUUUUUGGAGUCGCCGUCCAUGCGGGGUCACAGGGGGCAGGAUGGGAGAAGACGCAGGUUUUGAAGUUUGCUAGGGCAACAAAGGCGUGGCAAAUGAGCCAUGAACAGGGCAUCGACAUAAAGAGUAUCAAUGUUAAUGAUAUAGAAAUAGGAAGAAAUGAUGAUGACCCCGCUUGCGUGGGGUGUGAGUUGGUUUUAGACGCAUUGACAUUUUUGGACGACGAUGCCAUGACAGUAGACGAAUCUUGGUAUGAAGGUGGUUUAAAGGAAAUAACUGAAGAAAUAUGCGAGAUUGCUCUGAAAGAGGUUGAUUGGAGAGGAGAUGUCAUGUGUCCGGGAAUGAUGGAAAACUAUGCUAAGCACCUUCUGUACAUCAUCAGAAACACGUCAAAAGAAUCAAAACAAAUGUGCCUUGAUCUCAAUUUCUGCGAACCCCCACGCCCAUCAGACUACAAGCCAAGAGAUAGCGUCCUAGAAGAUAGUUACCCCAAGGACUACAUAGACAGACCUCGAAAAUACAAACGCAGGGGAAAGGCACAAGCUGCUGAUUUUCGACUUGUACAACUAGCCGACAUUCAUUUUGAUGCUAAAUACGAAGAGGGAUCUCAAACUGACUGUGGUCUUGUUGUCUGCUGCGCUAAUCACAGGAAUUGGGCCGUCAAUGGGUCGGGCAGUGCCGGUGCAUGGGGAGAUUACAACUGUAACACUCCUAAACGCACAUUUGAAUAUUACCUUCGGCAGAUCAAUAGCCUCACCCCAAGUCUGGAUGCUGUUGUUUACACAGGCGACCACCCACCACAUGCCAUGUGGGAAGAGACGUUCGAACACCAGCUGGGAAUGUCUAAAGAAGUGAUGGACUCUUUCUCUAAAUUGCUUCCGAAUAGAACAGUCUAUCCAAACUUAGGGAAUCAUGAACUGUUCCCAACCAACAUGUAUUAUCUACCAAGGCCUGAAGUUCAGGAGACCCUGGAGAAGAUCUCACAGUGGUGGCCACAGGUGGUGAAUCUAAGUAGCACACAGGUGAACAAUAUAAAGAAGAACGGUUACUAUACAGUCUUGGUGAAAGCCGGCCUGAGAAUUAUAUCCUUCAAUACUAACUAUGGAUAUACCAUGAACUUCUAUAACGUUCUCAACAUGGGAAGCUCUUAUGAGAAUGAUGCCAAGAAAUUUGUGGAAGACUCCCUUGCACUUGCCAGGACUAGAUCAGAGAAGGUAAUAAUGGUAGGGCAUCAUCCACCAGGUGGCAGUGACGCUGGAUCAGCGUGGGGCAAGUGGUACAACAAUUUGAUAGUCAGCUAUAGCGAUCUCGUGGUUCUCCAGAUGUGUGGCCAUACACAUAGAGAUCAUUUCCACGUGAUGCGAGAUUACAGCACCAACUUACCAAAGGCUGUGUACAACAUUGCACCAUCAAUGACUACAUUCGGGCGUAUCAAUCCCUCGGCAAGAAUAUUUGUCCUAGAUGGCACCACGUUCGAACUGAAGGAAAUUGAACAGUACAGAUUUGACGUCAAAGCUGCAAGAGCCAAUAAUUCGGAGCCAAAGAUUGAGCUUGCAUACAAAGCCAAAGAAUAUUAUGGGAUGCAAGAUCUCUCUCCUGCUUCCUGGAUGAGCCUCGCUCAAAGAAUGCGCACUAAUGAGACACUGUUUAAUCUGCACUAUAUGAACCACUGGGCUAAUUCUGGCAAUCACCAGGGAAAUCCAUGUGAUGCAAAAUGCCGCCAUGACUAUAUUUGUGGACUGGAGCAUUCUCGCUACGACCACGAGGUUUGGUGUGGGAGAGAGUUUAUAGAAACCACCACGGGUGGCCCCAAUGUAACUGAUACAGUAACAAACCCAGUAACCAAACCAUCGUCGUCUGGUAAAACAGUAUUUUCAACGUUGGUAAUGAUAGCUGGGACAGUUCUUGCUUUACAUUGAACACUGAAGUAAUAUAAUUGGACAAACGCCUGAACCACUCUUAGUGCAACAUUCAACAAGUGGCCAUGUGACGCUUGGUUCUGAGGUAAUGGUUGCACAUGAUCUUCAGAAUUAUUCAUUUCCUGACAUUAUACUAAGUUUGGCAAAUUGACAUUCAAUGAGCUUGGGCAAGGGAAGUUAUUGUUCUAGUCACCAGAGCAUCUAAUUGGGCAAUGAAGGUGCCAUUACAAUGGAACUUGUAAUAUUUAAUGAACUUAAUACAGAUUUACAUUUUGAUUUUUAUAUAUUUAGUAAUAUACACUUUAUAACUACAAAUAUCUCUGUACAUAGAACGAUAGGUGCUAAGAGAAAAUAUAUUAGUACAGGAUCCUGUUUCAAGAUGGACUAAAAGCCUAAAAUACACUAAGCAAAUCAAAAUGUGAUCACUGAUAUAAUGAAACAGGUCCAUUGAAUUACUUUGUGAUACAAUGUAUUUUUUUACAAAAAUGAAUGGAUGAUUUAUGCCAAUCACUAAAUAAAAUAUCAAAGCUAAAAGCUUCAACUGUA